AUGCAUGAUACAAUUUCAACAAUUGCACCAAGAACCAAUUUUGCGCAAUCGCAAGAAAAACAUCAACUCAUUUUCUUCAUGAAACGCAGUUCACCAUCACUCUGCCUGUCUCCAAAUCUUCGGUUAGACAUGCAACACAGACAUCCGCGGAUGACCCGAAGGUGGGACAUGACACAUCAUCCCAAGAAGGUCGUGUUUAUGCACCGUUCGUCCCUUGUGGCGCGUGCAGGCAAUAGAGAAAUUACCCAAAUUGGGCACGUUGCAGGGGCAACGGAGGUGGUGAUAUACAUGCGCACUUCGUUGCAGGGGCAACAAGCUCAGACGCAGCACCGAUCCGUGCACACACGGCCUGGGCGGCAAACAUUGCGUCAGUUUAUUGUGCCGCUACGCAGGUGGGUCAUAUACGCGAGGCGGUUAAAAGGCGGCCAGGGCAAAUCGUCGUUAUACAACCGCCCUCCUCCCCUCCCUUUAGUACCGAACAAUCCUUUAUCGCCCUUCGCCAUCAAAAUACGCCGUCUGCCUCCUGAUGGGAAUGCUUCUUUGGUCAAGGCGUUGCGAGCUAAGUGUUUCUCUAUCGUCCUGCGUGCACUCCCCUCGGCUCCAUCGUCCUUUUCGUAUUUUCUUCACUCAAAGUUCGUAUUUGCACUCCAGAGGAAAUCUGUCCAUAUGUACAGCCAUGCACAAUCUGAUAACUCAUCAACAGCUAGCUAG